ACAAGCAUCUGGGCCGUGGGAAGCGGGGGGAAAAGCUGAGGAAGCCGGUGGGGGAUGAGGGAGUGAGCGAGGGAAUCCCGGGCCAGCGAAGGAGCUAGCGAGCAGCCAGUCCAGCUGUCCCGCGCCCGGCAGCUCCCGCAGCCCCAGGUGUGGGCUCCCGUCCUUCAGGCGCGCUGCCCGGGGCCCGGCCCUUCCCCGCAGGUGCCCGUCCGACUCCAUGAGCACCGCGCUCUACAGCCUCGACAGCCCGGCAUGCUACAGAAACUGGUCCAUGGAGCCGGCCAACUUCUACGAGACCAAUAAAGGCGGCGGCGGCCCCGGGGGGCUGGGAGCCUCCUGCAAGCCGGGCCGGGGCCCCCCGAGCGGCUGCGAAGAGCACGGCGGCGGCGGUGGGGGCGGAGGAGGAGCGGGAGGCGGCGGCGGCGGGGGCGGUGCUAACCUGGCGGAGCUGAGCGCGGCCGCCCCGGCCAUGUACGACGACGAGAGCGCCAUCGACUUCAGCUCCUACAUCGACUCCAUGUCCUCGGUGCCCAACCUGGAGCUGUGCCACGACGAGCUCUUCGCCGACCUCUUCAACAGCAAUCACAAGCCCGACCGCGGGGGCGGCGGCGCUGGCAGCCACGCCAGCCCCGGGGACUACGAGUACAUGCCUGGGCACCCCGCGCACCCCCACCCCCCGGCGCACAAGGACUUCGCCAGCGCCAUGGCCAGCCUGCUGGGCGCGGGCACCAGCGCGUCCUCGCCGGGCGCCCUCAAGCAGGAGCCCGACUGGAGCGACAGCGACAUGUCGUCGUCCUUGCUGCCCUCGCAGAUCGCCACCUGCGCGCAGACCAUCAUGAACCUGUCGGCGACCGGCCAGCCCACCCCGCCCACCUCCCCGGAGCCGUCGGGCUGCAGCUCCAGCUCCAGCUGUUCCAGCGGCCGCUCCCCGGCGGCGCCGGCGCCGCAGCCGUCGCAUCUGGGCAAGGAGAAGAGCGGCGUGAGCGGCGGCAAGAAGUCUCUGGACCGCUUCAGCCCCGAGUACCGGCAGCGGCGGGAGCGCAACAACAUUGCGGUGCGCAAGAGCCGGGACAAGGCCAAGAAGCGCAACCAGGAGAUGCAGCAGAAGCUGGUGGAGCUCUCCUCCGAGAACGAGAAGCUGCACAAGAAGAUCGAGCAGCUGACCAGGGACUUAUCGAGCCUGAGACAGUUUUUCAAACAGCUGCCCAGUUCUUCCUUUCUCCAGGCCGGCACUGCCUCCUCGGGCAUUGACUGUCGGUAACUGGGACCCAAGUGGGGGUGUCGGGAGCUGUCGAGGGCGACAGGGAACGGGGCCGGGGUGGGGGGGGGGCGGCGCGGGGAAGAGGAGAGGGUGGGCGGAGGGACAGAGACAAUUAGUCAAACUAUCAAUACCUCAGAGACUCCAAAGAUCACCUUGUAGCAGAAAGUACCCUACGUGUUUUCACAGCCUGUUCUGUGGCAUGCGGCAAGAAACGUGAAAUUGUUGGUGGUUUUGUUUCUUUUGAACGCGGUAGCUGGAUGAAGCUACAUUCUGGAUUAACACACAACCAAACUGCAAGAGAAGCUAUAAAAUGUUUUCCUUAAAUUAUUUUUGUAAUGGUAGCUUUCGUUUUGUUGUUUUUUCUACAUCUUACUCCUGUUGAUGCAGCUAUGGUACAUUUGUAAAAAAAAAAAAACCUUUGUAUUGUAGAUAAGAAGAAAAGCCUUGAGCAUGCUCAACUUUUUAUAUUAAUUUUUACAGUAUUUCUAAGAAUAAAAAAAAAGCAUUUUAAAUCAUUUCUGCUUCUUGUAUUCACAGUGACCUUGUAAGAAUAGGCUCGUAGAGAGAAAGGCCACAGGUGGACUCACACCUUUGGCAGCAGUAGGGAGAGGCUGGGACAUACUACUGAGAAACUUGCUUGCACCAACAUGCAGGUAGCCCACGUGACUCCGUGGUGUAAAAGUUCAUUGCCCUGUGGCUUGUAUUGAGUGAGUCAACACCAGGAAGGCUCACCAGCUCAAACUUCUUUGCCUGGGCCGUUGAAAUAAGCUUAUUUAUUAGCAAGAAGGGGAACGUAUACUUGGUAUUGCAAGCCCUCCAAGUCUACCCGUCAACACUUUAAAAAUAUUGGAAAACUUUUCAUUUUAAUUAUAUACUGAAAAUAAGCCUAUGUGUCACCAUAAAUUUACAUUCAAAUGUACCCCGGAAUAUUUGUUUUAACAUACCAGCAAAAAUAUUUUGCAGAGAGGCAAUCUAAUCAUGAACCAGCUUAAUUCUGUGACAUUUCUUUUUUUCCAGAAGUUAACUUAUUCAGAGUGGGUGACUAGCUCCUUUUUUAGAUAAACCAAGCUCCUCUCUCCCUUAAGCUUCUGGGUGUGCUGUGGAGGGGGGGAGGGGGGAAGGGUUACUGGCCACAAAAUACAGUUUUAGUAUUUUAAUAAAAAAUGGAGCAGGGAAGGGCUUAGAAGGGAGGUGAGAAUCGAAUUAGGUGACCUCACAAUUAGCGAGCUGUUCCAGUGC